AUGACAUCCGGUCGCAUUUUUGAGUCUGCAGACCAGCAUGCUUUUCUGGCUUUUCUGAUCCACAGAAGAUACAUCAAAUUGGCUGAUCUGCAGAAAGAGCGCAAACCAGUGACGGCAAAGUCAUUUACUCCGCUGCUCAGGUCCAAAGUCCUCUCUGCUGGUCUCAUGGAGAGUAUAUCCAGUCCACUGAGUCCGGAGAAGCGGGACGCGGCGGUCAAUGCCGCUUCAUUUACGGAGCUAGCUGAGGACGUCACCAUUGACCCUGACACUGCGGGACUCUGGCUCAUCAUCAAGCAGUCUCCAAAGAAACAGGACAGUUCCAGCGCAAGCUCUCCAGGCCGCGUCCUCUCCGAGGAUCAGUUCAGCUGCUCCAUCUGCCUGGAGGUGUUCGUGGAGCCCGUCUCCACCCCUUGUGGCCACAGCUUCUGCAAGGCCUGCCUGCAGGGCUACUGGAACCACAGCAAGAAGUUCUGCUGCCCCAUGUGCAAGAAAAGCUACUCCAAAAAGCCAGAGAUGAGCGUCAACAGGGUCCUGGCUGAAAUCUCCUCCCAGUUCCAGGGGCUGUUGGUAGCUGGGGGGGCUGGAGGGAUCGGGGGAACCGGGACAGCCUCGCGAGGAUCCACGCUGAAUCUGAACUCAGAUACAGGCCAUGGAGGCUCUUCAGGGCCUGACACUGGGGAGUUUGCUCAGGCUGGGGAGGUUCCCUGUGAUGCCUGUAUUGGGAGGAAGUUAAAGGCACACAAGUCUUGCGUAAACUGCCCCGGAUCGUUCUGUGAGACCCACCUCAGACAUCAUAAAAAGGUGAAGUCUCUGACGUCUCAUCGUCUGAUCGAACCUACCUUCCACCUGGAGGAAAAGAUCUGUAAGAAACACGAACGUCUUCUGGAGGUCUACUGUCGCACCGACCACACCUGCAUCUGCACGGCCUGCGCUGAAACUGCACACAAAUCCCACGAGAUUGUCUCUGCCGACCAUGAGUGGAAGAAGAAGAUGAGUAAUCUGGGAAAGAAGAGAUCAGAGCUGAAACAUUUGAUCAAAGAGAGAGCCAAGAAACUGGAGGAAAUCAAACAAUCCAUCAAGGUCAUCAAGGCCAGUGCUCAGAAGGAGUUGGAGGAGAGCUGGCAGGUGUACGCAGAGCUACAGCACCUGGUGGAGCAGAGUCAGGCGGAGCUGGUGGAGCUGAUCGCCACGCGGCAACGUGAGGCCGAGCGUCACGCUCAGGAGCUGGCUCGAGGUUUGGAGAACGAACUGAGCCAGCUGAGGAGGAGGAGCAACGAGCUGGAGGCCUAUGCACACACCCAGGACAAAGUGAUCUUCCUCCAGAACCUGAACACGCUGCAGCCCCCUCCCGAACCCACUGAUUGGUCAGCAGUCAGCAUCAACACUGACCUCUAUCUGGGAAGCAUCCGCUCCUCCGUCAGCAGCCUCAUCGACAAGUUCCAGGAGGAGCUUAAAAGACUGUAUGGGAAAGAGCUGCGGAAGGUGCAGAACUACUCAAGUGAGGUGAUUUUAGACCCCGCCACUGCUCAAAGAAACCUGGUUGUAUCUGACGACGGUCGCCAGGUGAGGUAUGAAGAGCGCAAAUCCUCUCACACCGAAGGCCCGAGACGCUUCAGCCCAGCCCUCUUCGUCCUGAGCAGAGAGGGUCUCAACUCUGGACGCCACUACUGGGAAGUGGACGUGGCACGCAAGACGGCCUGGACACUCGGUAUGGCCAGUGCAUCAGCCCGUCGUAAGGGAGAGAUUAAACUGAGUCCAGAUGGUGGAUACUGGUGUCUGUGGCUGAAGAACGGCGAGGUGAAGGCUCUGGCAUCGUCCCGUCAGCUUCUAGCGCCUUCCCCACCCAAUAAAGUGGGAAUCUACCUGGAUUAUGAAGGAGGCCAGAUCUCUUUCUAUGAUGUGAAGGCACGCCUGCAUCUCUUCACCUUCAUGGACACUUUUAACGAGAGUCUGUACCCUAUCUUCAGCCCCUGCCUCAACCAGGAGGGGAAGAACUCCUCUCCUCUUGUUAUAACCCCUGUUAAACACACCUGA